UGUCUUCAAGUGCCCUUAAAACCUGUUCGAGUGUCAAAAAUCGCUUCUUCUGUAUCAAGCGCCGUUGCAGCUAUGAAAGCAAUGAUGCCAGCUGUAGUGACAGUAUGUCGUAUGAUAGUUCGGAUUCUAGUAACCAAGGUGGAUACUCCAUGUAUGAUACGAGAAAAUACAGCCACCGUCUACCCGGCAAUGAUGUGGCAACUCCCUUCGACAUCCCUAAAAUGCCUAGUGGCGUUUUCCGCUGCACGGACGGCGAGAUAAUCGGGCCACAAGCUGGUAAGUGCGCUUAUUACCGCAAUCCAGAGUACUAUUCCUUCCAUCAUAUGUCAUUCUUCGACAUGCAUAUGAUUUUGGAUCAAUAUAGAAAACCUCAGAUCCUUACUGGUCGAAAACCAACAAUCAUUUGAUACUUUUUGAAUGUGUAUAAUCUAAGAACUUUAAAAGAUUUUCGUUUAAAUGUUACGCCUAAACUAUCCAAUUUCAUUGG